AUGAUCCCCUUUGUACCUGUCACCUAUGACCAUUGUCCCAAGCUUGGCAUCACUGGUGCUGAACUGAGGAAGAGCCACCAAGACUCCUCAUCCUCCUUCAGCUGCAAUGAGCUGCUAAAUUGUGCUGUGACUUUAAAGGGGGAUUUUCCCCGAGAUGCCUUCCCCCUUCCCCAAUACAAACUGGUCCGGCCUCGAGUGGUCAAUCACUCUUCCUUCCAUGCCAUGGGGGCAGCUCUGUGCUACUUCAACAGAGGCGAUGCUCCGUGCCACCCCGCUGCCAGUAUAAACAUCCACCCUGUCGCCUCCUAUUUCCUGGGCUCCCAGCUGCACCAGUCUCCCAAGUCCUACCUGGCAGAGAGGAACAAGCUGGUGGUCCCGUCUGUGGAGAAGUACCCAUCGGGGGUCUCCUUCAAGGAUCUGUCUCCAGCCCAGUUUCAGCACUACAUGAAGGAGAGCGCACACUCCCUCUCCGACAAGAUCGCCUAUAAAUCGGCCGCCAAGUACGCCAGCUCUUCCCCGAGCAGCAAGCCAAAAGUUUUCACUUGCGAAGUUUGCGGAAAGGUGUUCAAUGCUCACUACAACUUAACCCGGCACAUGCCGGUACACACCGGGGCCAGACCGUUCGUCUGCAAAAUCUGCGGAAAGGGCUUUCGACAGGCUAGUACGCUGUGCCGUCACAAGAUCAUCCACACACAGGAGAAGCCACAUAAGUGUAGCCAAUGCGGCAAAGCUUUCAACAGGAGCUCCACGCUGAACACGCACACGAGGAUCCACGCAGGAUACAAGCCUUUCGUCUGUGAAUUCUGUGGCAAGGGCUUCCACCAAAAAGGUAAUUACAAGAACCACAAGCUCACUCACAGCGGGGAGAAGCAGUUCAAGUGCAAUAUCUGUAACAAGGCAUUUCAUCAGAUCUACAACCUGACCUUCCACAUGCACACCCACAAUGACAAGAAACCCUUCACCUGCCCCACCUGCGGCAAAGGAUUCUGCAGGAACUUCGACCUGAAGAAACAUGUGCGAAAACUGCAUGAUAGCAACACUGGAGGGGCCCCUGGGUCAAGUCCAGCUGGGCAGGAGGAGUUGGGAAAUCAUCCCAGGGACCAGCCUUCCAGAAACCAGAGCCCCAGCCUGCAAAAGGGCAUUUACUGA